GACGCACAUCGCAGACUAGAUAUUGCUCACCAUAAUGUUAGCGCUCGCAUUUUCAAAACACAUUUUUGCUUGUUCUGCUUCGAGUUCAAUUAUGCAAUUAGGUUGAUAAUCACAGUGACGGAAUUUAACUGCCUUUAAUUUGUUAUUCAGGUGGGUAUUUUGAGCUGCCGGGGAACCGGCUAGUGGUGAUUUUGGUUUCAGAUCGUCUACAGCAGACGGACUCUAUAACGUACAUUGUACAAUAAAAUGAAGAUUUGGAUACUUGCUGCUUCUUCGUCACCCUCAAUGAGUAGUACGCAAUGGAUAUUGGGGAUGUGCGUUCUUUUUCCUCACAUGAUUAUCGAUUAAGUAAGUGCAAAUAAUGCCUAAUCGCUGUUAACUUAAUCUCAGUGCUGAUUGAAAUGUGGAGCCCAUUUAUUCUUACUGUAUAGCUACUGUCAACUCAACUGAUCAACGUUCAUACAUGCCCUGUUAUAUGGAUCAGCGUGGGUUUUUGACGGGGGUUUUUCUCUCCGGAAACUGAGCCAAUAACAAAGGGAAACAGCCUACUCUUUAGUCAGUCGUCAGUUCAGUUAAAUCAAACGUGCUCGGGAAAAUCAUUGUUCAACGUCUAUGGUCUUAAUGGAAAACUGUCCACACCCCCCAUCAACCUGGCUGGGGAUUAAAUUAGUUGAAGGAGCUAUGUUAAAUGUUAGGUUUAUUUACGAUUAAAUUAGCCUACAUUAUUAUGUUACAGAGUAAAUCAAAAUGUUUAAUUGAACUUGAUGUGUUUUGAAUUUCACGACAAAACAUGAUGCCGACGGAUUUACCAACUGCUGCGGUAAAUGGCGGCUGUUGGCUGUUUGGGCAAAAUACUGUAUAGAGGAGAUGAUAUAUAGGGCUGCAUGACUCCAUAUUUAAUACGGUAUUAUAUCAACUAUAUAAUUCCCAUUAAUGGCAACUGAGAGUGAAUACUUUAGUUAUUGUAUUGUGAGAGCUGGGCAAUAAAUUGAUCAGCCAAAGGUCACCCAAUCCGUGUUCCAGCAAAGCUAUUGCAUAAUGUAGGCCUACUCCUAAUGAAAAUGUACUGGACAAGAAUUUGGAAAAGGGUGACUUUAAUUUGAAAAUAAGUGAAAAUAAAUUAAAUAUAAUCCCACCAUUGUCAAAACAAAACCUGUUAAAAUAUGACACUUAUAAAUAAUGUCUUAACACUGCUGCCACAUCAGCCUCAAAUGAAUGACACAUUAUGUUUCAUUCGUUUUGUUUGAUUACCCACACAUUAAUCAUUUGGGGAUUUGCUAGUUGUGUAGUGUUUUACAUCGGUUGACAAUCUAGCUAAUUAGAUACAAAAAUGAUUGUUUUGUAAGUUGAUAACACACGUUCAUGGUCAUCAUAAUGUACCCCGCAUCAAAAACGUUCAACACUAAUGGUUGACUCAGGGCAAACAUAACGGUUUGUUAAGUUAAAGGAUUCCUGGAGGCAUUUUGUUUUUGGUCAUGAAAUGAUUGCACAAUAAAAUGCUAUAUGGAGAGAUGUUGCAUAGACAGCCCAAUAGGAAUCUGGUUUUACAAAUAUUAAGUUUAAGGUGUUAAUUUUCACAACAAUAUAUUUACGCAUGUAACAUAGGCUAGACUAGUCAUUGCUUUAAAUGCAUAAAUUCAACCAGGACUUCUUUGCUCAGAUAAUUGAGACCACGAGCUAUUGCAAGUGUUAAAUAAAUGGCUAAUUAUGCGUAUGAAAAUUAAACAUCAGUGUUAUGCUAAUUCAGCUCGCUUCAGCUGUGGCUCAGAGCACUUGAGACUGGCAUAUAAUCAAACGGACCUGUAAGAUAUACAUCUGUGCAUGUGAACACCAAAAGACGCUGGCAAUAAUGAGCCAAUCUAUAACGAUUUUUUUUAAUGAGAUAUCGAAAUAAUAUCUAAUGCGAAAUAAAACGUCGUUUUUCUGUUAAAUAGUACGCCUCAAAGCUACACUUAAAUGUGUUCAUACUGCUAUUUAUGAACAUUCAUCUUUGUUGUUGUAGUGUGAUUAAUUUGGAUGAAACAGUUCUUAGAUAAUAACACUAUGCAGGCUGUUUCUUAAUGUUUAAAUGAACAGCAGGCCUAUCAACAUAACAUGAUCUAUCCGUAGCCUAUGUGUGAUUGAUCACAGAAUAGGCUAUUUCUUUACAAUUGGAUUAUUAUUAUUAUUAUCAAAUAGGCUAGAUUUAAUUGUGUGUUGUUUCUUUUAAAGCAGACAUUUUUGAUGUUAGUGUUUAUUUUGCUUAUACCUUUCCCUGCUACCUAAGCACUUAAAAAAAUACAUCUCAGACCUGAAUCUGCAGGUCUUGUUGUUUUUCUUGAGUUUAUCAGGUCCUUCGGACACAACCCCAGGAUCGCCAAUAGGCAUCAUUCUUGGAUAGAGUGGACCAAUCAGCGACCGCCUUUGAUGAAUAUUCAUGAAUCCCUGAUUCAAACCUUUGAGCGAGUUUGUCUAGACCACUGCAUCAUGCCUAGACUUUUCACAGAGACAAACUACAUUUUCUUAUGAAUGGAAAGAGAAAAAAUCAGUACAGCUUAAAUUGGGAUCCAUCCUUCACUGAGAUCAUAGAAGAAAACAAAAAAGGAAGAGGAGAGAUCCGCCAGAAGAGAUGACAAUGACUACAAUACCAGAAAGUCUUAAUAGCCCUGUCUCAGGAAAAACCGUUUUCAUGGAAUUUGGGCCACCGAGUCAACAAAUGUCGCCUUCCUCAAUGUCUCACGGACACUAUUCCAUGCACUGUUUACAUUCUGCGGGUCAUACGCAACACGAGAGCUCGUACAGUCCAGCCUCAUCAUUUCCUAGAUCUUUAGGUUAUCCAUACGUUAACUCCGUCGGCAGCCAUUCCUCAAGUCCAUAUCUCAGUACAGUGCAGUCGUACCAAAACAACUCGACACUAACACAGACACGGUUAGAAGAUACAGCACAAGAGACAGAGAAGAACACAGUUGUAGAAGGCGGAGAGGUGCGGUUCAAUGGGAAAGGGAAAAAGAUUCGCAAACCAAGGACUAUCUAUUCCAGUUUGCAGCUACAGACUCUAAACAGACGAUUUCAACAAACUCAAUAUUUGGCACUGCCAGAGAGAGCCGAGCUCGCAGCUUCGAUGGGACUCACGCAAACACAGGUAAAGAUUUGGUUUCAAAAUAAGCGAUCGAAGUUCAAGAAACUGAUGAAGCAAGGUGGUGGCACGAUAGACACGAACGCUUUAGCCCAGUUUAAUGGUCACGGACCUACGACUGGAUCUCCGGUAGCACCAGUUUGGAGCUCACCGACCACCGUGAAAACAUCCGUGGGUGCACCAGGGUCUUACAUUCCAAGUUAUACCUCAUGGUAUCCAACUGCACACCAAGAGUCUAUGCAGCAACCGCAACUCAUGUGAACAUAACUGUGAGCUGAUAGACCUGUCCCGCCCUCUAUACUGCCAUGGCCCAUAUCAGGAGAUUUUGGGUCAACAACCCAGCGUGGCCUUGCACUGGCCCGCUGUAGCCAUGCACAGAUGUAAUCCGGAGUUUGCUCUCAAAGUUGCCAGAUGACAUAUUGGCCUCUUCAUACGACGGCACAGAGAAUAGCCUGGGAGCCGAGAGACUGAAAAGGGCACUGUCUGCGCCCAAGGGCAAGAAGUCCUGUCAUGUCCACGACAGAUACCGGAAAUUGUUUUGACAAAUGGGUCCUCAAGCUGCUGUUAUUAUCUUUUGUGAAAUUUUAAUAGGCUAUGUGUUAGACGAAAUAUAUUUUGCUGUAACAAGUCAGUGAGAGUAUAUUUAUGUAUACUAUGUUUGAUUUUAAGAUUGGCUACGUUUCUUAUCCCAAUGAUGAUAAAAAAAAUAGGCCUAUGAAGCCGUGUAUUUCCAAGGCCUAUCAGAUGUAGGCUAGGCCUCUACAGCUCCAACGAAGGUCAACAUGGUGAUUUGACCAUGACCUUAAAACCUAGCCUUUAAACAGACAAACCCCCAUUGGUCUAUAAUGUAACUUUGACCAACGAAUGUAGGCCAAUGCAAUGAAUAAUUUAAAAAAUAGCCUCAUCAUUUUUAUCUGCAUGGAAUCGAAUCUUCAGUCCGUUCCUUAGUUUUCACAGCCCGAGUUGCCCGCGCCCUUUGCGCAUGCUACCAUGCUGUCUUUGUAUGUUAAUUUAAGUUAAAUUAUUUCGUUUUUUUUCAAUGUCUGUGUCUUUAUUUAAUAUGCAGUGUGUUUGACUUAUGAAACGACAACAACGUGUUGUUAAUAACACGUUUAAAUGAUGAUUGGCUGCUUGAGAAGAGCAUUAACGUGAUCCCGAUGAUAAAGAUAUGGUUUGUCAUUGUUUGUUAUGUGUUGAGCGGUUGGAUGUACAUAAGGACAAUAUAAUAGGCAUUUUUCAGCUUUGGUUUGUGCUGUAAUCGAUAUGUUGUGUAAUAGGAUUUAUUUUUUUUAAUUUUUUUUUACAUGUGUUCAUUAAGAUGAAUGUGUUUAGCAAUCUAGAAAUAUUUAGUUUUGUAUUGAUCACUUUAAUUUAUUGCUUUGUUUUAUGGAAGUUGUGUACAUAAUGUUGAAAACAGUAAAGCUAUGAUUUAAAAGGCCA